CAGAGAGAGAGCUGCUUUCAGGGAAUGAGCCCCUCAGCUCUCACUGGGGGCAGCAAAGCCUCAGUCUCUUGGAGCCUUUCACCAGCUGGCCCUACUGUUGCUGCCACUGGCUCUGAUAAUCCUUCUCAACCAAGGCCAGCCUGAGGGAGAAGAUUGAGGGUUGAGGUGCUGAGGGUGACAAGAGGCCAGGGGAACCAGCAUGCCAGGAAACCAGGUUGCUUACAAAAUCUGUGUGUCAGGAUUAGGGCAAAAUCCUGUGCCACGGAAGAGCUCUGUGUACCAGAAGAAGGACUGAGGGCACCACUCAGACUGGAAUACUGGGUCAGAGUCAGUUUAGGGGUCAGAGUGUGGGGGCAGGACGCGGGUAGAUAGACUGUUUCGUGACUCUGCUUUCUCUUCCAGGUCCCCUAUUUGGUGACGUGUCUUUUGAAACGGUGGAAGGCACGCGCCUUGGUCCUACAGACUGUGUCUUCCUCCUGAUUCCACCCACAGAGUUGCGGUUGUCCCUCAGCUCCCCAGGGACAGCUCUCAUUCUCUGUCUCCAUACAUCCCCAGCGAAUGGCUGAGGAAACGUGAGGAGCCAAGCUUAGAUGCAGGCUCCGGACUGAGCACGCCACAGCCAGGUAGAAGAGGUUGUGUGUCCCCUUGGCCUGCUGCUGAUGCCUGCAGCAGAACGAGGCUGCUGCAGCCACACUGUGCACAGAAGGCAGUCUUGGCCACCAGCCACAGCUGGCUUCAGAGAUCCCUACACUGACUGUUAGGUGUUUCUAACCACUGGUCUUGUCACCCCAUCCCCUUCCCUCCUGAUUCAAGGCAAUGUUGCCUCAAAACAAGGACCAGGUGCUGCUACAGAACGCAGCACCCCCAGAGUGUCCCCCUCAGGUCUUCUCACAGUUCGUGGACUCCCCUCCACCCAACUUAGCAUCUCUUUCUCCCCAUCAGACCCUCCCUUCUUCCCACUUGCCAUUGCCCACCACCACGCAGGCAUAUUUUUUCUCUCCUCUGACACAGACCCUCACUCCUGGGCCUCACAUCUACUCUUCGGACUCAAAUUCUGACUUUGCUCCUCUUCUCUACUCCUCUCGCCCAAGAUCCUCUCCCUCCCCCCAUUCCACGUCUCCCUCCAAGUAUCAGGUCUGCCCCUCUCCCCCUCUUACCCGCUCCUCCUCUCUUUCCCAGCUACAAAGUUCCUCUCCUCACUCCUACCAGUCCUCUUCCUGCCUCCAGGACUUUCAAAGCUCCACGAUCACUUCCCCCAGCCCCACUUCACCUUCUCCAGAGAUUCCGAGUACCGAGCAAGCAUGGCAGGGACCUCCAUCCAGAAGCAUCAGGUCCUCUGGGGUAGCAGGGGGAUGUGUGCCAAGCAAGGUGGCCCCUGCAGAAUUCAAGGACAUAGAGGCCCUCACCCAAGCCCUGGUGGACCAUGUGGGGCACCACAGAAUUCAAGGAGACCUGAAGCUAGAACUUCUGCAGCGCAUGUGGCUAGGCACAACCGGCCCAGCCCCAGUCCUGGAGUACCCCAUAUGUCUAGUGUGCCUCCAGCUCCGCACCCCAUCUUGCCCCACCUCCAAGUACAAGACUAUACCCCGGCUGCUUGCCUUCCCUAAACUCUGUGUCCAGGGCCUGGAAUCUGGGUGCCUCCAAAUGGGCAUUGGCUUCAGCCUCCACCUGUCUCGGCGCCAGGCAAAGGAUUUACAUCUGUUGCUCAAAAAAUGUCCGACGGGAGUAGAGUCCCAGGAAGAGGCCUCCCAUAGUCAAAAGCCUGCAAGUCAGGCAUCAGUUAUUUCUGGCACAUCCUUCCAGGCCGGGAGCCUCCAGUCUGUAGACCUUCAAUCACCAAAACCCAGCCAGUGUUCCAGGUCUCUACUUCAGGAGACAAGACAGGCCACUGCAUCCCCAAAGCCCAGGUCUUCUGUCUCAAAGAGGUCUGUGCCCCUAAAGUCUAUUCUCCGAAAGUCGUCAUCUUAAUUCCAGAGCAGCGGAGACCCUCUGGAGUACCCCCUCCAAACCCCAUCCUCCCAAACAGGCCUCCUCAGACCUUGGGGAGGCACAGAGACACCUUGAAGGGCUGCCUGGCCAGAAGCCAGGUGUGUUCUCCUGCUCUGAACCCUGGGAACUCCCCUAGUUGACGAGACCAGAGGCACCCAAGGCCUCAUUUAGCCUUCAGUGUAUCCAAUAAAGCCUAACUCUGAG